AAAAACAAACAAAAAAAACAAAAAACAAUAUGUACAGAACAUAGAGCAUUAAAAGUUAAAGAGACGCAAAAUAGAUUCUUAAGAAGUUUUUCAUGUAGUUGUUGAUGCCUAAUCUCAAAAGGAAAGUAAUGGAAACAGCUUAAAUCUCACUUUUUAUUUAUUCUAUAUCCUAACUAUAUAGGGUGUGGUCAGAGGGAGAGGAAAUUAUAGUAAAAUAUUUGGAAAUGCAUGCUUUUGUUAAAGUAUAUUUAUUAAAACAUUUUGUAUUCACUAUUAAACAUUUAAUUAAUACUUAAAAAAAACGUGCAAAUGCCCAAAAUAAGCUUAUUUUAAGUAAAACAUUGCACGUUUUACAGUUAAUUUUAAACUAAAUAUUAAAACAUUUCUAGCUUUUCCAAUCUGUUUUAGUAUUAAAUUGAAACUACGACGCAGGUUUGGACUCUGUCCAUGUGAAAUCUAUCCAGAGCAAACGUACACGUUUUUCCAAUGAAUUCUGCUUUCAAGGGGCCCCUUAACUUCCGGUCUGUCGCAGCGUUGAUUGGUGCAGUGGCUCCGAGGAGGCGGGACUUAAACCUGGUACAGUAGCGGAAUUGGCCAACAGCCAGCGUGCAUCACAGUCACAGGCCACACAGAGUCUGCAGCUGCAAAGAUGUCCAUAUUGUGUCUGCAUUCACAACUACAGCUUUUAGUAACUCCAUAGCUGCACUCUGAAAGGGAAAACAACAUUUUAGCAGUUGCUGCUGUUGCUUGCUGCAACAUAAGGAGGAGAAGCUCUAAUGUGGCAGCUGACAGACUGAGAGGAAUGGCAGGAGGAAACAUGGGGUGGUGUUAGACUGGUGUUGGAGGUUUCACUUUGUGGAAAUAAUGUCGAACAUUAACAGAGAGUUGGUGGAGUUCUUUAUAAGCUACAAGCUGUCUCAGAAGAACCACCCGGUCUCUGUGCUGAGGCUAGAGGAUGCUGGUGGAAGGACGGAGGGAGACAAGGCCAACUCGGCUUCCAAUAACGGCUCGCUGGUCAACAGCAGCAAUGGGGCCGGCCAGCAGGGGAUGUCGUCGCCUCCAUGUGGUGACACGGAGGCUGUAAAGGCCGCUCUACAGGACUCGGCAAAUGAGUUUGAACUGCUCUUCUCACAAGCGUUCAGUGACCUCUCCUUGCAGCUCGACAUCACCCCUGACACGGCCUACCACAGCUUCAAGAGCGUGAUGGACGAGGUGUUCAAGGACGGAGUCAACUGGGGCCGUGUCGUGGGCCUGUUUGCCUUCGGCGGUGUGCUGUGUGUGGAGUGCGUUGAGAAGGAUAUGAGCGAGCUGGUUUCCCGCAUCGCAGACUGGAUGACCAUGUACCUGGACGAGCACAUCAGUGCAUGGAUCCAGAGCCAGGGAGGAUGGGACAGCUUUGCUGAGAUUUUUGGGCGAGACGGCGCUGCAGAGGCGAGGCGAUUUCAGGAGAGUCUGAGAAGAUGGCUGCUAGUUGGAAUGGCGCUGCUAAUGGGAGUGCUAGUCGGUAUGGUCAUCGCCAAGAAACAGUGAAGGUGCUGCGUCUCCUUCACCGCCGCACACCCUGUGUAAUGCUAUGCCAACAAAAGUAAAACUAAAUAGUUGAUGUUUACAAAAAGCCCAGCCUGCUUGUGCACUGACAGAAUGUGGGUUGGCUAAAGCAGUUUGUGGGAGCAUCCAUAAUUAUGUAGCUUGGUGAGUUCUUACACUCCUCACCCCGCUUUGUCAUGUGUCUUUUUUCUUCUUUUUUUUUGGACACACAGCAGAUUUUUCAGUUGUUAAAGGGUGUUAUUCUCCUGACUGAAAGUGCUUUAAAUGAACCUGAUAAGCUAAGAGACAGUGGAACAGUUAUCCAAGGACCAAUUUUUAUUACUUACGAACUGACUGACAGAAUAUAAGUUAUACUUCCUUUUCACUGUGUAAUGCUCAGCUCCUUUUGUUGGCUGUACUGGAGUUUUAGGCAUGCUUCAAAAAAAUAAAUAUAUUUAUGUUUU